AUGGCGGUCAAACUUGUGGCUAGCAGCCCUCCGGGAUCCCCAUCCGAGCCUCACAAUUACUGUCGCCAAUCGACCGGAGGAGAUCAAUCUCGGGAAUCAUCACCCGAUAAUCUCAUGAUUGAAUCCCGCUGUGCACUUAAUAUUCCAUACCAGCAAUACGCUUUAGCAUAUCUCGAUCCGUCCGGGAAUGUUCAGUAUGAACUCUCUCCAUCCAUACAAAAGUAUCGGGGCGAAUUAUUUUGUCCCGAGUUUGAAGAUCGAUUUUUACGACAUACAAAUCAAUCAUCGUUGGCUGGCCCAAAUUCUAUAUAUCACUCGAAAUCAAAGAGGGCUCAAUAUCUAUCUCCCCUGAGUCCCAUGCCUCCGCAAAAACGCCAACGACUGGAGGAUGCAAUAAAUGGAGUGUCUGUCGGCAAUGAUGACAAGAAAUCCGAAAACCAGCGUGCACAAGGCAUUUGGAUGUCAGUCGGAAAUGAGAAAGAGAUGCUGGCCUUUUAUUCAGAAUUCUUCAAAGCCUUCCAGCAGAUCAAUUGUCGCCAAAUUGCAAAAGCAUAUAUCAAGUUCAUUGAGCCUCGAAAACAGGCAAAGCACCCAUACAAUGGUGGAAGGGCUGGUCCAGGAGACACAAGGGACCCUGAGAAAACUAAGCCAGACUGGUGGCCUCCUGGCGUGAUUCAUAAAGAGCCAGAUCAUCUGAAAAAGAUUCAUGCCGAUCAUAUAAUUUACGUUCCUCAGGAAGGAAAAACGAAUCCCGGCACGAGGGAGGGCUCUGAGACAGCGUCUGAAUCUGAUCAGCAGAGCUACUCUGCAGGCGCUGACAAUUGCCUCCGAGGAACUGCAUCAGAGCUUGCGGAUGUGAAUGAGAAUGAUGGAAGCUUACAAAUCCCGCCUCAGACAUUCCCUGAACAGAACAGGACCGUCCCAAUUUUUGCUCACGACAGGAACAGUCUCCUUCCAUUAUCCAUGCCAGUCGCCUUUGAACCGCGAACCCCAAGCGCUUUCUCUCCAAUGGGAAUUAAACCAGACUAUGAAGAAUUUACACCUAUAGACACAACUCCCAGAUCAAGUGACGGGAUACCAAAUGGGUCUAACGUCAGCUAUCUUCACGGAUUGACCCAUUCCCCAAACGAAAGCCAAUAUAUGAAUCCAAGGAACUUCAGCCCAGAAGCUCAAAACGGAGGAAAUUAUGGCUCUUGGUCAGCAACAUCUUUCCAACAACCUAUAUUUAGCCCAGUUGAUUAUGGAAACGGGGGUGCUGGGAUGAUACCUCAGCACUAUAUGCCUCAGUCAAUUCCAAUGAUUUUGCCUUCGCAUGGACCUUUACCUCUUCGAGAAGUCCACGGAGCAGCUACAUAUCCUCUGAUCGAUGGCAUACCUGUAUUUUCUUCCUCCAUUUCGACAGGAUCCUUUAGACAUCCCCAUGUGAUGGCUCCGCCGCGUCAUCCCGCUGAUGAAGAGGGGGAAUAA